AUGGCUUCUACGGCAGCUGCCAAAGCUGCAGAGAUCUCCCAGGUCUGCAUCUCCAUGUCCAACCAAGCAUCUUGUCAACGAACUGACCUGGAACAGACAGAAAUAGAAGCGUUCCAUGCCGAGCAUUUCUCAGGCUCGGCCACCCAGCUCUUUACGACCGAUUUCCUCAAUCCGUCUUCCUCACAGGCGCACGAUGAAUUCUACGAAGGGUACUAUGAGGAAUACGAGGAAGAGGACGAUGGCCUUGGCUACUAUCCUGACGGUGUCAAGCGCACCUUGACCGAUGAACAAAUCGCCAUCUUCCGUCACUCCGAGCUCGAAGCAUUGCGUCGCAGUCAAGAGAGGAGUGCGGAGAAAGCAACUUCGAAUCUCGCAGAACUCCUCAACACUCCGGUGACGGACCGUGAGAGUGGAGAGGUGCCCGAGGCUGAAUUGUCCGAAGGCGAAGAGGGCGAGAUAGAAGCCGACACUCCACAGCCAGGCGCUUCGGGUCCACCUUCCAAGAAAAAGAAACGAAAGAAGAAGUCGAAGAACAAGAACAAAACUUCACACCCAGGUUCCGAGCAGCCGCAGAAAGGCGAUGCUGGGUGGUUCAAGAAGACGGUCAAACCCGACCUGCGCAAGAGAACUUGGGAUGUUGUGGAGGCUGGCAUGGACAGCCUCGAUUACGAUGGCCUUGAGGCAGGCAAUGCUACCGGGAACGGGCUGGCUGCGCAGAGGCGAAAGAUCUCGUAUGAUGACUGA